GCUGGGACUAAAGGUGUGCACCACCCCUGCCUGGCCAAGCACAUUUUCUCUGUUGACUGAGAUGAUGUGUGUUUCCUUCCAUUCUGUUAAUGUCAUAUGUCACAUUGACUUGGAAGUUGUUAAGCUUUUCUUUCAUGCUAAACAUAGAUGCUCCUGGGGUGUAGUAUGUUGUUGCAUUUGUCUUGAUUUUAUUAAGUUUUUUUUUUUUUAAAUCAUCAAGGUCUCUCAGAGACAUUGGCCUGUUCUUGAGUAGUUGUGUUUGACUUUGGUUUUAAGGUGAUGCUGGCCUUGUAAACAGUGUUUGGAAGAAGUGGCCCUCUUUUUUUGGAAGAGUUUAAGGAGAUUUGAUAUUAGCUCUUGUUUGAAUGGUUGAGUUUAACCACAAAGCCACCCGAUCCUUUAUUUUUCCUUGUUGGUGUAUAUGGGAGGGGGAAUCGUAGUUUACUACCUUUGUAAACUAUUGAUUAAUAUGUGGCAGUUAAGUAUCACACUGUGCCCCAUGCACACGCACAACACCUGUAUCCACUGUGUACCAAUCAUGGAGCACUGUGUCAGUGCUGAAUCUUUCUUUGAGAUUCUAACUCCUAAGCUAUAGGAGGUACAAAUGCAAACACUAUUGAGACCUUAGAUCUGGUGGGAAUGCCUACACUCGCCCUUUUGGUGACUUUGGGGACUGUUUCAGUUACAGCAUCAGGAAACAUCCAUGUGCUCAAGAGGAAAAUGGCCAGAUACUGAAUUUUUUAAUCGUGUGGUGUGCUGGCUAGUUUAUGUCAACUUGACACAGGCUAGAGUCAUUUGAGAAGAGGGAACCUCAAUUGAGAAAAUGUCUCCAUAAGAUCAGGCUGUCGGCAAGCCCAGGGCAUCUUCUUAAUUAGUGAUUGGUGGGGGAGGGCCCAGUCCAUUGUGGGUGGUGUCAUCCCUGGGCUGCUGAUCCUGGGUUCUAUAAGAAAGCAGGCUGAGCAAGCCAGUAAGCAGCCCCCAACACGGUUUCUGCACCGGCUCCUGCCUCCAGGUUCCUGCUCUGUUUGAGUUCCUGUACUGACUUCCUUCAGUGAUGAACGGUGAUGUGGAAGUGUAAGCUGAAUAAACCUUUUCCUCCUUUACUUGCUUUGGUCAUGGCAUUUUGUCAAAGCAAUUGUUACCCUAACUAAUACAUGUGGCUCACAUAUUAAGAUUUGUAUAGACUCAAAAUGAGAUCAGGAAUUGUAAAGCAAAUGCUAUAAUGUAUCAGAAUUUUUGGUUGUGGAUUGGGAAAAGGUUGCAAAUUUAAAUAUUGUUAGAUCAGAUAAAUAUGUUGAAAAUUUUUACAUUAUACUGUAGAAUUGAAUUCUUGCUAUCAUUAUAAAAAUGUACUGUUUUGAAUUUAAUGUUCCUAGAAUACAUCUAUGGAAUCUGAAAUUAUAAAACUUCCUUUAAGAUACAUAUUUAAUGAAAAGUUACUUGGUUAUGAAACGAGGUUGAAUAUUUUAAAUUUUCAGGCAAGUUUAACAUAGAGAUAGAACUUGUGAACCUCAUAUUAAAAUUAAGUGUGGGGGAGGUGCCUGGAACUUCCCAGGUCCGUCAGUUCUGGCUUUGAUUCUGAGGUCUCUGAAGAAGUGUUAGCAGUUCCCUUAUAGCUUUGUUUGAGUAACUUAAAUAUGGAGAAUUGUCCUUUAGGAUUUAUCACAAGGGGCUUAGGAGAGAAGGGUCACUGCUGGUUUUUCUCAGGUUUCAGAUGCCGAAGAAGAGUUUUGUAUCUUCAAGAGCAGGGCUUAAGCUGGAGUGGCAUCCGCUUUGCUCACUCCAGCUAAUCAUGACUAAUACCACUGAGUUCCUGACACUCCAGUUCUUCCUUUGGCUUUUCUAGCAGAAUGCCUGCUAAUAACCAGAGCCAUAGAUGAGUGGAAGAUAAAAAUAAUUGUGUGCUUCAUUAGCUGUCAGUCCACAGCCUCACUUCUGCUUAACGUGGGGAGGAGGGUUAGCUCUGAAAAAAGCGCUCUAUUGAGCUUUUUGUUGUGUGUGAUGGAGCCAUUCUAGCGUCAAAAAACAGACCUGGGGCAGUGUUCCUUAGUGCAGUGUGUGAAAAAGCCAUAAUUAACAACACACUCACUACAUACAUGGCUGCAUAAGCAUGCUAAAAACCUGCUUUCAUUAGAGGCAAAAAUGCCAUUGUUUUUAGAAAUUAUUUUUAAAUUAGCAUGCAAAAGUAGCGAGCUUUAUUACGGCAUUUUCGUGCAUGUGUGUCAUUAGCCUUUGAUGUGAUUGGCUCCUCCCCCUCUGUCCUCUCCUGCGCCCGUCACUCUCUGCUGGUUCCCUUUCCCUCACCACAGUCAUGUCACAUAUUCUGUUCCCCUCUCUUCCCCCUUCCCCCGUGAAGAUCUCUUCCUCCUCAGUCAUGGUCCCCCCUCACGCCAUCACACAGACAUACGUCUCACAGCCAUGCGAGCGCACAUCCACCGAUUUUAAAUCCAGGUUUCAUGUGAUAGAAACCAUGAGCUGUCUGCCAUUCUGAGUGACUGUGUGUCACAUGAGGACUUUCAGCUCUUGACUUGCAAAUGUCAUGAUUUCAUUUUUCUUUUAAAAUUCCAUUGUGUACGUGAACCACAUUUUCUUUUAAAAAAUUAUUUUUUAAUUAUGCUUCCAUGUCUGUACGUGAGUGUGUACGUGCACGUGAGUGCAGGUGCCCACAGAGGUCAGAAGUAUCGACUCCCUGUGGAGUUGGAGUUACAGCAUCGUUGCUGGUCCCCGCUGGUAGACCUCUCCCGAGUUUUACACCGGAAGACCUGAAUACCUCCAACUGUGGUGCCAACUUUGCCUUUCCUGGCUAUCCGAUCCACGUCCCAGCAGGUGUGACCCUGCAGACGGCCUCUGGUCACCUUUACAAAGUUAAUGUUCCAGUCAUGGUGACACAGACUUCUGGAAGAGCAGAUGUUCUCCAGCACCCAUUUCAGCAAGUGCUGCAGCAGCUGGGUCAGCCUUCACUCAGACAGACCAGCGUUCCGCCAUUGCACCCCUGCUCUCUCCCAGCAGCUCCCGAGAAGUCGCACCGAAUGGAGCCUGUGCUGCUACAGCCUGCCAUUCUGCAUUCCACUCCAGUAGAGAGGAAACACUUAGAAAACGCAACCACCGAUAGGCGUGGUCUCCCUGGAAACGAGCAUAAGGCCGUGCCGGAAGCUUUGCUGAGGCCACAGGAAAGCUCUCAGUACAUCAGCCUUCCAGGUGUGGGGUUUCUGCCUCAUGUCUCUCUAACAGAGUCUAGCCUGGAGCCCGUGCUCGGUGUCUCAGCAAACAUGACUCAGAACCUGCAUGGUGGUCCUUUCCCCCAAGGCCCCCAGGGCGCUCUCCAUCACCACAUGCUCGAUGCCCAGCUUCAUGGCCUUAAAGACAGGAUAUAUGGAUGUGACUCCCUAAAGGAACUAAGGAAAACAGAGGAGCCCAGCAGCCUCCCUGCACCAGAGAAGAAUUCUACUUCCGAGAGGGACCUGAAUAUUCAGGUAACUGACGAUGAUAUUAACGAAAUAAUUCAAAUAGAUGGAACUGAUGAUAACUCGUCCACUGAAGAAGUGGGAAGCAUAAGAGACGGAGACGAGAAUGAGUUCCCAGGGAUCUCGGACGCAGGCGACCUUAAGGUGCUGGAGGAAGAAGCUGACAGUGUGUCCAAUGAAGAUUCCACGGCCAACAGCAGUGACAACGAAGACCACCAAAUAGACACCAUGGAAGAGGAUCCUCUAAAUUCCGGAGAUGAUGUCAGCGAGCAGGAUGUGCCAGACCUGUUUGACACAGAUAAUGUGAUUGUCUGUCAGUAUGAUAAGAUUCACCGAAGCAAGAACAGAUGGAAAUUCUACUUGAAGGAUGGUGUCAUGUGCUUUGGAGGGAGAGACUAUGUAUUUGCAAAAGCCAUUGGUGAGGCUGAGUGGUAAAUGCUACAAGCUCAGUACAUCAGCUCUGUGAACCUACGUGGGACUGGUAUAUCGUAUGCUGUGAACCACAUUUUUGUUUUAUACGUAGUCCAUCAAAGAGUUGAUUAACUUUUUGUUCACUAUAUGGAAUUAAAUAAAUUUAAUGAAAUAAAAUUAUAGUUCAAAUGCAGAUA